AUGAAUCACAAGACCCAUGUAGGGUUGGACUCGCCUACUCUCAGGCCUUCCUCCAUUGAAGCGGUCUUCAAGCUAAUUCCUUUCGCCUCACAUGUCGCCAAGCCAAGCACUGAUGUCUGUGGGGGCGCACGUCCAAUCUCACUGGCGCAGAUACUUUGCACGCCCGUGGGAGCGCCUGUCUCUCAGCCGCCGGACUCAGUUCAUAGCGAGACACCGCCGAUGUUGUGCCUGAAGCCAAUGCCCGAGACAACCGCCGCAAAAACGGUUCAUAGCCAGACACCGCCGAUGUUGUGCCUAAAACCCAUGCCAGAGACAACCGCCACAAAAAUGCUGCGACAUCUAUAUUUGUUCCGGAGGAACGAGCAGUAUGACAACCCGCGAGUUUGGCUGCAACUGAAAGAUUUUCACAGAGCCAUCUUUCCGCUCAGCAAAACUUUGGAAAGAUUCCCCAACGCGUUUUGGAUCCUGCCUGUGCCUUUUGACACGCAGGAGACGGCCUUUGCAUGGCAGCUUCGGCUGGAAUGUUGUUCUCUCUUUCUUCACCUCAUCAAAGACAUGAAGGUGGUGCAACUGGAGGCUUUACUGUUGACCUUCUAUUGGCCUGAAAUUCAACGGAAACCGGAGCUUUUGGAUGUGUUGUCUACAUCCAACAUCGCGCUUAGUCACCGGGAUCGGGUCAAGAAAUUGGCCAGCGCUUGGCUCCUCAUGCAUUUCCUUAGUUUGCCAGUCGCAACCAGGACGUCUUGUCUGCGUCCCAAUUGCAUGCCUGACGGAUUGUUCUACAGAUAUGUCCGGAUGCAGCUUUUCCUCCGAACGUUUCAGGCUAAGAGCUUGCCAAAAGGAAGGUAUAUGGCGCGCCAUGAUGUGUGCGGCGGAAGCGUGCCAUUGUGGGGCGAUGUCAGGGUGCUGUCUGCCUUGACAGGUGAAUGUGUGUUGUCGUGUUCAAUUCCGGACUGGUUGGAAGAUGACGAAAGUUUCCUUCAUCUUGCCCGCACAAGUGCCGUCGAAGCCUUCGGUCUGCCAUACUUUGCCCUUCAUUUCCUCUUGUCAGACCAAUUGAUUGAAGAGGAGGCCACUUGGCAGGACUUAGGUUGCCCAAGCAUAGUCACAAUGGUGAAAAAGCCCAAAGCAUUAGAUUGGGCAGACGACCUCUUCGAUGCCAUUGAGAAAGAUGAUGUCGGUGCUGUCAAAGAAAUCCUGAAGAUGGGUCAGGACCCGGAUACAACCAUCAUCAAUUCUGCUUUAGGCACUGCAGUCCAGCAGUGCAACCUCCCAAUUGUGAGGAUGUUGGUCAGAGCGCAAGCCAACGUAAAUUAUGUCCCUCCUGGACAAAAAGGUCCUUUGCAUUCCGCUGUGAUUCACGACGCAGAAUCCUGUGCCUCCUUCUUGCUUUGGCAAGGGGCGAACCCAAAUCUAGAAGACAAUACUGCGGCUAAAAACACGCCCUUGCAUUAUGCAGCUGCUUACGAAGACGCGGCCUUUGCUGACAUGCUGCUCGCUCAUAGGGCAAAUCCUUUGAAGCAAAAUGCAUGGUAUUCGUCUCCGUACACACUAGCGCGUUGCUGUGGCCCUGUUGUAUCCCUUUGCCUCGAAUACCAUUUUCAUCGUGUCGAUGCUGCUACCCUCUUGCAGGGCAUACUGUCAAUCUUGGCAGAAUACGGAUGUCCUUCCAGUUUGUGGUGCGCGUCUAAAUCGUUUCAAUCGGAACGCCAGUGUUGGGAUGUGGAAGGGGGCAGCGCAGUUUCGUUUGUCUUGGCUUGCACAGGAAAGCAUAUAUGCAGCCUCAGUGUCACGGAAGAUUGCACAAUUCUUGAUCUCAAGCAGCAUGUUGCUCGCCAUCAUGGGCAUCUUCCCUUUGCUGUGUCGCUGGUCCUGGAAGGCAAGGUGGUCCCCAUGGGAGCGAUCUGGGCCGUGGUUGGGUUCCCGCCCCCUCCAGUGCUGGAUGUCGUUCUUCACGCCAGAACAAAUCAGUAUAGGCUGGAUUUGUCUUGGGCUGUUCAAGAACAGCAGCAUGAUACAAUUAUUGCAAUCUUGUCUGCAGGCCAGGAGCCAAAUUGCUCAGGCAUUGUGCGGCGAACUGGGCGCCAAGAGGCGGUACUACUCACUGCAGUUGGAGCUGGUUUGUUUUAUUGCGUUCACCUUCUGCUGUCUGCCUUUGCCGACCCGAGGGUUGUUGGCAACGACAGUCGAAGCGCCUUGCACUUGGCCACCCUGAAAAAUACUCCAACAACUUUGCAGCUGUUGUCAGAUUCUAGAGCUGAUGUGCACGUGCAAGACUUUGGCGGAGAAACGCCGUUACACUUGGCGGCCAUGGGCGGAAAUGUUCUGCUUGUGAAACAGUUGCUCUUGGCGGGCGCCGAUCCCUUGGUUCCUGAUGCGAGAGACCAGACGCCUCUUUUAUGUUGCUUCGAUUCAGACACAAGGGCUUCUCUCAUGGAUGGUUGUUGGGAGAGGCUGUCAGAGUCAUGGGUAACCCUUUUCCUUUUAAAUGCCCGAAUGCUUUCCACAUACAGAGUGCGCAGCGAGUUAGCGCCGCUAUGCCGCGGCUUGCGGCAGUGUUUCACAGGGGAUGUUUGUGGCGGAAGCACACUUCGAGAUUUGCCCUCCGCGAUCCAAGCCAAUAGACAAGUAGCCCGGAAGCGGAAAAUUCAGAAGCUUAUCACGUGGACACAGACUGGGAUGGAGUUGCCAAUCCGUGGUGAUGGCGCAGACGGGUUGGUGCCAUUCAACUAUGAGCAUUUCGUGGCUUGUCAAGACCUCACGACCUUGGCUUGGCUCCACCCGCACGGUCGCGACGUUCAUGUCCGUUUUGAGCAGGAAAACCACGAGUACUUUGUUGAUGGAUCGAAGACGCAAGGAUCAGUCACGGGGAUGAUUCACGCCUUUUCGCGUCCUUUUGAUGCGGAUGCAGUUAUCCGCGGCAUGAUGGCUAGUGACCGUUGGCCCCGACCAAAUUAUUUGCGUCCCGUUAUGACGGAGGCCGUGUUGCAGAGGGUGCGCGCGGUUGAUCCUUCCCUUCUUCUUGCGUUGCUCGAUGUUCCACGCAACGACCCGUGGAUUUGUGAACGGGUCCAAGCAUUGAAGCCGCAGUUCCCAGGCCUCAGUCAUAGUUUAUCCUUGGGGCCAGACGAGAUCAAGACAAUGUGGAAGAUGAAAGGCAGUGAAGCGGCUGCAUGUGGUUCUUAUAUGCAUUAUCUGUUUGAAGCCCAUAUCAAUGGGUAUGCAGUGCCGCAAACCAGUCCUGAAUUCAGAAUGCUGAUCAAAUUCCUCGACAAAAUGCAGGGGUGGCGGGCAUACCGGACUGAAUGGGUUGUUUUCGCCGAAAAUGAAAAUCUAGCUGGCUCUAUAGAUUUCUGUGCCGUAGACAAUGAAGGCUCACUGGCGCUGAUUGAUUGGAAAAGGUCUGCGAAUUUGGCAGAAAAAUUUUGGUCGCCUUGUGCGAUGUUGCCGCCCUUGGGCCGCAUUCCCGAUUGCGCUGGGUCACAUUACAGACUUCAGUUGAACGCUUACAGGCACAUCAUUGAGAAGUACUACGGGUACAAGGUUUCAAAAAUGUUCAUUGUUGGCACUCAUCCAGACAGGCAACUGGACCCUUUCAUUGAUGAAGUGCCGCGUAUGGAGGCCGAGAUUGAGGCGAUCAUGAAGAUUUGGCAGCAAAAAGCGAAAGAUGUUUGUGGCGGUGCGUUAGAUAGUUCUCAGCCUUCGCAAGGCAGAGCCUUGAGCGAACAACCGUGUGAGACUCAGCCAGAAGUGGUAGAGACGCAAGUGAAAGAGGAAGGCCCUGAAGACCCAGAUCUGUGUGAUGUUGAGGAUGAUCCUUUGCUGGCUUCCGUGAAGAAGAGACGGCUCAUGAAAGGGGCACAGACAACUCGGAGUGAGUUUGAGGAUAUGUUUCGCCAGUAUCAUGAAUGGAACGAGGCCUUAGUUCAUGAGGACAAGGACACAGCAGGUGCCAACGAUACAAUUCUGGCUCGUGUUUGUGAACUCCGGCGGAUAGUGACCGACAAAUACCCUGCCUGGUCUGAGCGCUUGGUGCGCAUUGGCGCCGCUGCUCUUGCAGCAUACCGCGCCAGAUUGUCCGAUCGUCUCUUCAUGGGCGACAAUGCCUUCUUCCUGUGGCUUGUGGAAGGUGACAGGUUCAUUCGGAUUCAUGACGGCUUCUGCUAUAUCUACAAUGACAAUGGCGCCUUUAUGCCUUACUCCGGGAUCCCGCCUCAAGCCGUACUUGCGCGAUUAGCGCUGUUCUUCUCCCAGCUGGAAGGUAUUUUCAGGCGAAUGGACCCUGCAACCCGGCGCAACGAUGUGGACAUUUUGGCUUCUAUUGCAGCGGACCGCGCCCAUUUCGCAGACGAAGAGAAAUUCUUAGAGGCGUGCCAAGAGGCCGCGAUAUGGCAGCAAACCAUGGCACCAGCCCGCGAUGAGUUUGGCGAAGAUGCUGAUGAAAUAGUAGAAGCGGAUGUUCCACGAGGAAACAAGCAUGCAGAAGAUUGGCCGAUCGCAUUGGGCAAACGAAUUUGGAAAAUAUGCCAAUCCAUCCGAAGUGAGCUCAUGCAUGAAAAGCUUAUUUCCUUAUUGGUCGAAUGGUGCGAAACACCCCGGUCACAGAAGCCAUGCGUGUCGUACCAUGACACAUGUGUGCAAUAUGAUGUAAGCAGGGAAGUAAUUUUGAGACACAUCCCUAAAGCAGCAGGAAAUGAUUGCUACAUUUUCAUUCCGCACCCACUGCUUGAUCCAGUGUUGCAACAGCACCAAAAGCGCCUCGAAAAGUUUUACCAGCAAACAUUUUGGGCGAACAAUGACGUGUUCCAAUGCAAUAUGGCUGCCAUGGCCUUAGCGAAGCGUGGCUUCAAUGUGGACAGGUGCUUCAUUGGUGAAUCCCCUGGGGGGGUUGGGCAGUCCUUGCUCUCUUUGCAUAUUGAUGCAAUGCUCGGCUCCAAUCAUGGAUACUUCGAUCCAAACGUUUGGUACAACGAAGAUGAGCCCCGAAAGCAGGUCGAAUCCUUCGCUCGCUGCAUCGUCGUCACUGGCCAAGAAGCGCCAGAAUCACACAAGAGGUUGCAUUUGGAUUUGUUCAAGAAGACUAUGUCAGGGGAUGGGAUAGCGGGGCGGAAGCCAUACGGAUACACAACGCGAAUGUUCAGCGUUGUGGGUUGGAAACGCCUGGAAGUAAACCGUAUGAUGGUUUUUGCAGGAAUCACCAAAUCCAACUUCCAGUCAGUCAUGCGCCGCGCUCUUGUGUGGAAACCAAAGGCUAGGUUCCACCCAGAGUCUGUGUUGAAACAAGCUCAUGCAGAUCAUGAGGAAGACGGGCAUUUCCUGGCCGAUCCAACUUUGAAGCAAUUUUUGGUGAGUCCGGGCGCUUGUGCUGCUGGUUUGCGCACGCAGCACGCCUUCGAAAUGCAGCACAGCCAGAAUGAAUGCAUGCACCUGAUUGAUGAUUAUGCCACCGGCGGCGAUGGAUUUCUUACUGAAGACAAGAUGCGGAAGGCUUGUGGGUUGGAGCUCCGAGUUCGCCACGAAGAAACUGCAAUGGGAGGCGUGGGUCUCUUACAUGUGUCAGAUUCACAAGAGGAACGGGACCAGGAAGAAUUGCAGUACACUGCGCUGCGUGAUUUUGUUGUGACAAAUUUGCUGGCUGAGUCCUGCAGUGACAUCACACUGUGGGAGUUCAAAAAGGUUUACGCACAGUCGAGCAACAAGCCCAACGCAUCGCACCAAACAGCUUUCAAAGAGUUGAAGACAAGGAAAAUGAUGCAGAAAGGAUGCAGAAAAGGCAAAGCCAAGGACGUUCUCCAACCGGUCAUCUCUUGCGAAGUAGGCUUCGAAGAUGUAAUAUUCAGUCAGCGGGCAGAUGAGGAGCGCGUGUUUCCAGAGUCUAUGAACACGGGCCAGAUCCGCAAGUAUUUGGAGGAGAACCCUUGUCGAAACAACAAUGUCUAUAUUUUGAAGCAGUUUUUUACCGAAUGCCUGACAGAAGAGAAGCGGAAAAAAGGCCGGCCAGCUGCCGACGACCAUGCAAAAAAACAGACGUUACAAGACCAACUAUGCAAGCUGGAAACCUAUGAGAAAGUUUGCCAAAACCUUGUAGAGAUCGCUUGCCCAGAAGCAGCAUCGCAGCCAGCGCAAACCCCACUGCGCAGAUCCAGGGCCAAGCAGCCCCCGGCGCAAGUGGCUCCUGCCACCGGCCUCGUAGAAACUUCUGUCCGCUACAAAUACAGCGGUGAUCGGAAACUUCGCGGACGGCGGUAUGCAACCCAAACUUCUGCCCAGAAAUGCGCGAGGCGGAUUCAAACCCAACUCUUUGAUCAUACAAUUGAUUUGGACAUUGAGAACUGUUGCGCUACGCUUGUCCUGCAAUUGCUUGAAAAGUUGAAACCCAACCCACCUAUGCCGGAGGAGGCAUUGAAAGCUCUUCGUCGCUGGACGGACAAUCGUCGGCUUGUAUGCCGGGAGGAGCUACAGGUAUCAGAUAGCCACGGCAAGAAGUUGGUUACAGCUUGGCUUUCCGGAGGGACGCCGGACAAGUCAUUCAAGGAUAUUCCGUUUGCGAGGAACAUUCAGAGGGCGUCCAUUUAUCUUCGUCGGCUGGCAUGCUCUGUUUUGGCCGAAGAUUACGAAGAAUUGGAGACAAGAAGCGACAAGCCGUAUCCAGGAGCGACAGCAUUCUUCUACAUGUGGUCGGGCGUGGAAGAUGCUGUGCUGGAAGCCUGGUCUGACUUCUUGCUUUUGAAGCGGCCAACGCACCUGUCGCUGCAUUUCGACGGUGUGCGGGUCAACGCAGACGUCCUUGAAAACAUUGAUGCUUUGAUUUCAGAUAGUCAAGACAAGAUCAAAGAAAGAACCGGAUUCAGUGUCAGAAUCCGGCAAAAAAUCCACAAAUAUUUUAUGGAAGCUAUCGCCAGUCUAGAUUCGACGGCUCUCGAUGACGUUCCCCCUGAAUUGCUGAAGGUUCCUAAUUGCAUCCCCUGUGCAUUGUGGCAUUUGGCGGCCAGCCAGGACAAGGAAAGCUACCUCCAAGCGUUCUUGCAACCUGACACCCAGCAAAAUUUAUAUUCCAUUGACAGAAAAUGCCGCACAUAUAAGCAAUGCGUGGAAGUAUUGCAAACGCUUGAUUUGAAACCAAGUUUGGGCAUUGUCUGCAACUCGCCGGGCAAAUAUCUAUUGCACAGUGAAAACAAUGGUUCUCCCCAUUGCGUUUCUCUAGAGGUCCAGGAGGCAGGAGAUGUUAUGAUGUCGGUGAUCAAGGAUGGGUCCAAGGAGUACCGACUAGAAGCAUCCAGCCUUUUAGAGCUUGCUGAGGGGUCGACAGACUUUUCCACCAUCGUUUCCUUUGCAGUCUCCCCCAAAAAUGGAGAUGGUCCUACAGCGUUUUCUUGCCUGUUGGAGCUCCAGGCCGGCUCGUCGCCCUCGGCAUCCUUAAGCGACGACAGCACCCUGUUCCAUCAGCCCCGUUUCAUUGACAGCGAAUUCUCCAGCCCAAGGUCGUCCGUGUCCUCGGCCAUUCCUGCUUUCAUGUUGUUCCCAGAGUUCGUAGAGAAGCGCAUCUCAUUGUUCGAAGGUUUGUGCUGUGAUUAUAUUCAACUCCUGGCAAGUCAGCCGGGUCUAUGGGCAGAGAUCCCUUCAACUUUCUCCACCUUGUCGCAGGCCGAAUGGAUCACAGAAUUGUCCAAAGCAAGAGAUCUGCUGGUAAAGGUGUCCUGUGCUAGUGCCGCAGAACCUUUGAAAGAUUCUGUGCUGGUCACCCGCGUAGAAAAAAGAUUGAGGGUGUACAUAUCUAUGCUCAGGAAUCAUUGUGAUACAUUGCAUGCCUCAGACUUCUUGGGUGAGAUUCCCAACCCAUGCGAUGGGGGAAUAAGCAAGAGGACUUGGGAGUCGCAGGUGAUGCUGUGCAGACAGAAGCUUCGGGAAUUCAAACAGGGUCAUGAUGUUCAAGGCGGCAGCUCAGAUGAUAAGCAAGGCGGUGCAAGUUCUGACGACGAUGACGAGGGCAGAGAGCCAGCAGAGCCCCGCUUCGUGAUCGACGACGAGGGCCAAAUCACUUUCCAAGACAUCAUCAAAGAUUCCUUGGAGGAGGAAGUUCAUGCUUUCAUGGCAGAAAUUGAGCACAACAACAUUCGGAAGAUGCACGGUGCAUACUGCUGCCCUUUCUGCCCUUUCCGAGCUUUUGGUCGAUUGUGCCAGCUCUCUGAUCACCUGAGGCGCCAUCAUGUCGCCGCCAAGCAGUUUGUGUGCUCAGGAAAGAAGCAGGUAAAAGUGAUUUUGGCCUUGCACGAUUCAGAUUCUGUCCGCAAAGAGAACGGUACAGACUACUUGUUUCGCAGUGCCAUGCUCCUUAGAACUCAAGUGGUUCCUCCUCUCGACCGCAACAAGAAUUUUAUCGACAAGAACCUACGCCUGCUGCUAGAGAAAGACGGUCCAAGAUAUGUCAACCAAAAGGCCCUUGGAGAACAAAUCGUUGCCCGCAGAGUGUUGAACAUCUAUUACGACAAAUCCUUUGCCGAAAUGGUCUACAGGGAAAUUGUCUUGCACCAUUCGAGUGAUAUCUACAUGUCCUAUCAAGUGCAAAGCUUGAAGAGCUCCAUCCUCAGAAGUCUGGAGCAUAGUCAGGAAUUUUUGUGCUUGUCCAUUGAUGCUACACUCAAGGUCUGCAUGACCGUGCAGGGACAGGCAAACUAUCGAGCAGCGGCUGAAACCCGCAAUGCGGCGUGCUUCAAUGAUGAGCAUUCAUUGAGAAGGGUGUUGACUAUCAGGGGGCGUACCGGUGCCGUUUUAGGCAUGGUUCCUGUUCCCAGCGAAGAGUCUCCAAAGAUCAAGGAAUCUCUGUGCACACUUUUCUCCAACCAGGCAUUGUUCCAGGUUCGAUACUUAGCUACAGACAACCCGUCCCCUAAGCUCUUCCGCGAAUUGAAAGAGAUCUGCCCAAACCUGAGCUGUCUAUCCUUGGAUCCUGUUCAUCUGGCGAUUGUCUACGAAUAUGCCCAAUGGGGAAAGAAGACGACUGGUUCAAAAGUUUUACGGUGUUUGCUACAUAAGAUGAACCAGGUAGCCCCGAACAUGCGUUCCAGCUCUUGGGGGCCCCUCUUCACUGGCACCGCCCCGCCAAGCCUGACUCGCGAUGAAGAGCGGGCACGACAUCUCAUCACAGACGGCAGCAUGGGCGCAACCAGGGCCAAACGCAUCCUGGACAACCUUCAUCCAGAUUCGCCUUUGUUCUGCCGAAUCACCUUCAUUGAGGCAUUAGCCGCCCUUUGUGCAACGUACCCACAUGAGGUGAGCCGUAAAGUGACAGGCUCCAACAAAGAAAUUAGGAAGGUUCUUUGGGCAGCCACAGCACCAGAUAGAUUGGAAUGGCUGAUGAACAACCUUCGUGUGCGCCACGGUCUAACCCCUCUAGAGCGGGGGUUGCUGCCAAGCGGCACGUCCUCUAAUGAGUCCCUUCAUGCCGAGAUAAAUUCGUGGACAAAGUCAAUACGGUCCCUGCAUCAAAGCACCUUGCGCAUGAAGUUGGAAAUUAUGCAGUUCGGUAAGAUGUUGACCCACCAUGUGGCUUCAUGUUUUCCAACAGUUCAACAAACUUCUGAAUCGAUAUUGCUCGCGCGAGCAGUGGGCGAAGAAGUUUGGACAGAGGCCGAUUGGAGGAAGUGCUGUUCGUCAGCUAAGGCAGUGCUACCACUACAUAAGUCCAGGCAAGAAGAAGCCAAAAAAGUCAAAGACUGGAAGAACGGCACGGCAACUAAAGUGCGGAAAAAGGCUUUGAAACCUUUGAAACGCACCGUGCAUUCCAUCAAGCGUAUGCACUCCCUCCGCUCAGCGGGUGUGAAAGCCAAAGGGCUUCGCCAAUAUGACAGGCCCGAUCCGCCGAAUGUAUGGGUGCCAAUGAACCGGCUGUUCCGUGUUGCGCCUCAUCCUUUGACAACGUCCAAUGUUCAGAUGUUUUCUGGUGGUGCGGAAGCUCCAACUGUUGCUCCGACUGUUGUUGGCAGCCCUCCUUCGGAAGCCACCGUCAUGCUGCCAGCUCGACGUGAGCGAUCCCCCCGCCGUGAAACGCGCUGCCGGGUGAAGGUGGUGACGAAUGACAUCGAGGCUGCGCUCAGCCGCGCGAAGCUAUACGGCAUCCUGUCCGCGUGUGUCUGGCUUGGGGGUGAGGUGCUGCACCACCAUUCUGAUGGCCAGAUGUUGGUGAUAAGGUUCAAAGGAACCAAAAGUGCACAGGCCGCUGAGAAAGCAUGGCCGGAAGCAGUUUGGGAUGACUGA